CAACAAUAAUAAUACAACAAAAUGUCUGAAACCAAGCAAGUCGAAUUAACAUCCAAGGAUAAAGUUUCCUUCAAGGUUGAUAGAGAUGUCAUCUUGAUGUCCGGUCUCGUUAAGGAUAUGUUAGAAGAAGGUGAUGAAGAUGAAACACCAAUCAUCCCAAUUCCAAACGUUGAUUCCAAGCCAUUGCAAAAGGUUAUUGAAUAUUGUCAAUAUCACCACAAGGAACCAGCCCAAGAAAUUGAAAAGCCAUUGAAGGGUAAGAUUGAAGAUGUUAUCUGUGAUUGGGACAAGAAGUUCUUGGAAAUUGAUCAAUCUCUCUUGAUUGAACUUAUCAUGGCUGCCAACUAUUUGAAUAUUAAGGAUCUUUUGGAUUUGACCUGUGCUAAGGUUGCCUCCAUGAUCAAGGGCAAGUCACCAGAACAAAUUAGAGAAAUGUUCGGUAUUGAAAAUGAUUUCACCCCAGAAGAGGAAGCCAAAAUUAGAGAAGAAAACAAGUGGUGCGAAGAAGCAUAAAUUGUAUUAUAAAUUUGUUAAUUUUAAUUUUUAUUUAA